AUGGACGAGCAGCCUGCCGUCCGCAAGAACGGCAAGAGGUCCAGUGGCAAGCUCCUUGACACGUACGGCAAUGAGUUCGAGAUCCCGGACUACACCAUCAAGGACAUCCGCGAUGCCAUCCCCAAGCAUUGCUUCGAGCGCUCUGCUGUCCGUGGUCUGGGCUACGUUGCCCGUGACCUUGCCUCGCUCGCCGCCACCUUCUACGUCUUCCACAACUACGUGACGCCCGAGACGAUCCCUUCAAUGCCGCUACGAGCUGCUCUCUGGACCCUAUACACUGUCCUCCAGGGCUUCUUCGGCACUGGUCUUUGGAUCCUGGCCCACGAGUGUGGUCACCAGGCUUUCUCAGAGUCCAAGCUGCUCAACGACACCGUCGGCUGGGUCUGCCACUCCAUCCUCCUCGUCCCAUACUUCUCAUGGAAGAUCUCCCACGGCAAGCACCACAAGGCCACUGGCCACAUGGAGCGUGACAUGGUCUUCCUUCCCAAGACCCGCGAGACCUACGCUACCCGUGUCGGCAAGAUGGUCCACGAGAUCUCUGAGCUCACCGAGGAGGCUCCUCUAGCUACCCUCAUCCACACCUUCGGCCAGCAGAUUGGUGGAUGGCCUCUGUACCUCAUUGCCAACGUCACCGGCCACAACCACCACGAUCGCCAGAUCGAGGGCAAGGGUAAGGGAAAGAAGAACGGCUUCUUCGGCGGUGUCAACCACUUCUUCCCUUCCAGCCCCUUGUACGAGAAGCGUGAUGAGCACCUCAUCCUCCUCAGUGAUCUCGGUCUUGCUAUCGUCAUUGGUUUCCUCACCUGGGUCGGCAAGAACUGGGGCUUCAACAAUGUCUUCGUCUGGUACAUCAUCCCUUACCUGUGGGUCAACCACUGGCUCGUUAUGAUCACCUUCCUCCAGCACACCGACCCUGCCCUGCCCCACUACGACGCCGACACUUGGACCUACACUCGCGGUGCCGCUGCUACCAUCGACCGUGAGUUUGGCUUCAUCGGACGCACUCUUCUCCACGGCAUUGUCGAGACCCACGUUCUCCACCACUACAUCUCCACCAUCCCCUUCUACCACGCCGACGAGGCUACUGAGGCCAUCAAGAAGGUCAUGGGCAAGCACUACCGUUCCGACACCAAGGGUGGCCCAAUGGGCUUCAUGAACGCUUUGUGGAAGACAGCCCGUUGGUGCCAGUGGGUCGAGCCGAGCGCCGAGGCUGAGGGUGAGGGCAAGGGUGUUCUCUUCUUCCGCAACCGCAACGGACUAGGUGUACCACCCACGAAGAUCGAGCCUGCCGGAACCAAGAAGGCAGCCAAGAUGGAGGUCGGCCCUGAGAGUGACAACGAGUAAGCGACGAUUACGAAUCUCAUGUAUUAGAGCAGAGCUUUCUGCAUUUCCCAGAGCGGCGUUCUGGAGUCGGUCGCCCUCACGAGGCCGAUCACCUUUCUUCCUUCAUGGUGUUGAGCAUUAGAUCUUAGACGGACCACUCAAAAAUCUCGAGACCGCUAUCCCAUGCUGUAUACGGCGGGCAGAAGUUUGUAGAUGGAUUGUAGGAUUGUAGUAGAUGCUUGAAAAUUUUAAACCAGUUCAAAAGU